GGAGCCGGAAGUGGGGUGGCAGGGAUAGAAACCGCAGCUGAGACAGCAGUCGCUGACGCUGCUGCCACCCGGGUGUAGCGCAUCACCCCGAGCCCACUAGCUUUAGGUUCCUCCUCCGACCCCGGGGGGCUCUGGGAGCCCUGAGGGGCGAAGCAGCAGGGACGCCUCUGUUCAGCGGGGAGGCGGCCUCGCAGCCCCGGAUGCGGCUGGAGGGCGCGGGAAUGGACCUUGGUGGCUGCGAGGAGGAGAGCAGGAGGGAGCACUGGCAGUUGCUGGGUAAUUUGAAGACUACUGUGGAGGGUUUGGUGUCAACCAACAGCCCUAACGUCUGGUCCAAGUAUGGUGGCCUGGAGCGGCUUUGCAGGGACAUGCAGAGCAUCCUCUAUCAUGGGCUCAUCCAUGACCAGGUGUGCUGCCGCCAGACUGAUUACUGGCAAUUUGUGAAAGAUAUCCGGUGGCUCAGUCCCCACUCAGCUCUUCAUGUGGAGAAGUUCAUCAACUUACAUGAGAAUGGCCAGAGCAGUGCUGAUGGUGUGAGUGAGCGUGCCGUGGCAGAACUGUGGCUGCAGCACAGCUUGCAGUGCCACUGCCUCUCAGCCCAGCUGCGACCUCUGCUUGGGGAUAGACAGUAUAUCAGAAAAUUCUACACAGAUACUGCUUUCCUGCUAAGUGACGCCCACGUCACGGCCAUGCUCCAAUGCCUAGAAGCAGUGGAACAGAACAACCCCCGCCUCCUGGCUCAGAUUGAUGCAUCUAUGUUCGCCAGAAAGCACGAGAGCCCGCUAUUGGUGACAAAGAGCCAGAGCCUGACAGCUCUGCCUGGUUCCACAUACACCCCUCCAACCAGCUAUGCUCAGCAUUCCUACUUCGGGUCCUUCUCUAGCUUGCACCAAUCCAUGCCCAACAACAGCUCGGAGAGAAGAUCUACUUCCUUUUCACUCUCUGGCCCUCCCCAGAAACCUCAAGAAAGCAGAGGGCACAUAUCACCAGCAGAGGAUCAAACUGUCCAAGCCCCCCUGCUUUCAGUCUCUGCACUAGCCAGGGAUUCUCCUUUGACUCCAAAUGAGAUGAGCUCCAGCACUCUAACCAGCCCCAUAGAGGCAUCCUGGGUCAGCAGCCAAAAUGAUUCCCCAAGUGAUGCCAGUGAGGGGCCUGAGUACCUGGCCAUUGGCAACCUGGACCCCCGAGGACGGACUGCCAGCCUUCAAAGUCACAGCAGCAAUGCCGAGAGCAGCAGCUCCAAUUUGUUCUCCUCCAGCAGCUCCCAGAAGCCAGAUUCUGCUGCUUCUUCCUUAGGGGACCAGGAGGGAGGUAGGGAGAGCCAGCUGUCCAGUGUCCUUCGUAGGUCCAGCUUCUCAGAGGGGCAGACACUCACUGUCACCAGCGGGACGAAGAAAAGCCAUAUCCGCUCCCAUUCAGAUACCAACAUCGCUUCCAGAGGAGCCCCAGAAUCCUGCAAUGAUAAGUCGAAGUUGAAAGGCCCCUUGUCUGGUCAAAGCAGUGAAGGCAGCACACCCAGCUCUCUGUACAUGGAGUAUGAGGGUGGUCAGUACCAGUGCUCAGGGGAAGGCAUGUUCCGAAGACCAUCGGAAGGACAGUCACUCAUCAGCUACCUCUCUGAGCAAGACUUUGGCAGCUGUGCAGACCUGGAAAAGGAGAAUGCCCACUUCAGCAUCUCAGAGUCCUUGAUUGCUGCCAUUGAGCUAAUGAAAUGUAAUAUGAUGAGCCAGUGCCUAGAAGAGGAGGAAGUAGAGGAGGAAGACAGUGAUAGAGAAAUCCAGGAGCUGAAGCAGAAGAUCCGCCUUCGGCGCCAACAGAUCCGAACCAAGAAUAUGUUCCCCAUAUACCAGGAGACUGAGCAUGGAAGCUUUCGGGUCACCUCCAGCAGCUCCCAGUUCAGUUCACGUGAUUCAGCACAGUUCUCUGAUUCUGGCUCUACUGAUGAGGUUGAUGAACUUGAAAUCCAAGAUGAUAGCGAAGGAUCUAACCUGACUCACAUGUCAAAGAAUGGACUCUCAGUGUCGAUGGCCUCGAUGUUCUCAGAUGCUGACAUCAGAAGGAGCACAGCCUCAAGCAGCAAAUCCUUCAAUUCUUCUCAGUCCUUCUCCCACUGCUUCCUACACUCCACAUCUGCUGAGGCCGUGGCCAUGGGGCUCCUGAAGCAGUUUGAGGGGAUGCAGCUUCCAGCUGCCUCCGAGCUGGAGUGGCUAGUCCCAGAGCAUGAUGCUCCUCAGAAGCUCCUGCCCAUCCCUGACUCAUUGCCCAUCUCACCGGAUGAUGGGCAGCACGCUGACAUCUACAAGCUGCGUAUCCGUGUUCGUGGCAACUUGGAGUGGGCCCCACCGCGGCCUCAGAUAAUUUUUAAUGUUCAUGCAGCCCCAACGAGGAAAAUUGCUGUGGCCAAGCAGAAUUACCGCUGUGCGGGAUGUGGCAUCCGUACUGACCCUGAUUAUAUCAAGCGGCUGCGGUACUGUGAGUACUUGGGCAAAUACUUCUGUCAGUGCUGCCAUGAAAAUGCCCAGAUGGUCAUCCCCAGCCGGAUUCUGCGCAAGUGGGACUUCAGCAAGUACUAUGUCAGCAACUUCUCCAAGGACCUGCUGAUUAAGAUCUGGAACGAUCCUCUCUUCAAUGUGCAGGACAUCAACACUGCCCUCUAUAGGAAGGUCAAGCUGCUCAAUCAAGUCCGACUGCUGCGGGUCCAGCUAUAUCACAUGAAGAACAUGUUCAAGACAUGCCGGCUGGCCAAAGAGCUUCUGGAUUCUUUUGACACAGUCCCAGGCCACCUGACAGAAGAUCUCCACCUGUACUCACUGAAUGACCUGACUGCAACCAGGAAGGGGGAGCUGGGGCCCCGGCUUGCUGAGCUCACCAGGGCAGGGGCUGCCCAUGUAGAACGGUGCAUGCUCUGCCAAGCCAAAGGCUUCAUCUGUGAGUUCUGUCAGAAUGAGGAAGACAUCAUCUUUCCUUUUGAGCUCCAUAAGUGCCGGACCUGUGAAGAGUGUAAAGCAUGUUACCAUAAAGCUUGCUUCAAGUCUGGAAGCUGUCCCCGGUGUGAGCGGCUGCAGGCCCGGCGGGAGUUGCUGGCUAAGCAAAGCUUGGAGUCCUACAUGUCAGACUAUGAGGAGGAACCCACUGAAGCCUUGGCCCUAGAAGCCACUGUCCUGGAGACCACCUGAAGAAAGCACAUUAAGCCCUCUACCUAGAGGCUGGGGUCAUACAUAAUGCGGAACUGAGCCACGCUUUCAAGGACUUUCCCCACUUGGGGCUCUUUUUUUUUUUUUUUUUUUAAUUAUCAUCAUUAUUAUUUUUUAUGCCUUGUCUGAUGUCUGUGUGUAGUCAGAUAGGUUGAUGGGGUCCAGCCUGUUGUGACAGAUAAACUGUAAGCACCAGGUAUUCCCAUCAGAACUGACAUGUAGGUUCUUAAGGGAAGCUCUCUCUGUCAGGGGAAUGGACAGCAAGACUCAAUUCUUCUGGCAUACAUGGCCUUCUGUACUAGGACCAGAUCUGGUUUCAGCCGUAUCUCAAGUGUCACUUCCAGUUUUAUUUUGUUUUAGUUCUGGACCUUCUGAGCCAGGCCUUUCUUAACCAACUCUCUUCUUUGCUGCUAAAACAGGGGGAUGGAGUUUUCUCUCUUCUAAUCCUAGAACAGGGUCAGACUCUGCCCUGAUGAGGAGAAGCAGCAGAGAAUGGGACUCCAUCCUGGGCAUUCUUUCCAGCUUAUUUCAGUAUUUGGGGGGCCAUAAAGGCAGAAUCAUUACUAUCCUAGAAUCCUCAGAGACCUCAGAGAGGCAUCCAUGACUUCUCUGUUUGAAAUAUUCUAGGCAUAGAUGAUCUCACAGUUGACUUUGUCUACUCCAGUGUGCUUGAAGCAAAGAACAGAACUUACACUUAGGCCUGGCCCAUUUGUAGCCUUAUACAACAAGCAUAAUUGAGGCUAUAACUCUGUUGCUUAAAGGGGCAUUUAGUCAGUGACAGGAGAUGUUGACCUCCUCUUAGCUGUUAAGGUCUCUUUUAAUCUAGUUCUUUGGUGAAAGUAUGACCUUUCAAACUUAGGCAAGUCCCUAAUGCCAUACUAAGGUGAGGACAGAAACCCUGCACACCAUCUUAGUGGGUCCCUUCCUACCCUGUCCUCUGUUAGAUGGUCAUUAUGGUUCUGAGUAAAAGUAUGGCCCAACUCCUUUCUCUCUCUCCUUCCUGCAGCAGAGCUGGGACCCUCCUUGGUGGCUGAGUGUCUCUUGCCUUAGUUUCUUUUGUCAAAGUUGGGGGGAAAGCUUCCUGCUAUUAGUGGUGUUAUAAAACUUGAAAGUUUGUGAAUGCGUGUGAAUGUUCUUGUGUUCUUGGGAUAACAAGAGCCUUUAUGCCAAUUAUGCACUUAACUCUUUAUGUAGUUUGAUGAUAUCUAUAUGUUCAGUCAUCCUUUUCAUAUUACUGAUUUAGCAUUACCCCCAUCCCCACCACCUUUUUAAUGUGUGUUUCGAGGAGAAGAGUUCUUGGAUGGGACCGUGUACCUUGGAUGGGACCAUGUACAUGUCUGUGGUGGUCUUUCAAGUUGCUAUAGCUUCUAACCUUUAUGAAAAACACUGGUCAGGGUUGUUCUCCAACAGCUGGCAGCUCUGUGACCUGAAUCCUGCACCAUUUUUGUUCUGAGAUUGACUUCUUCCUGUGUACCUGUCUUCCCAUAGUUGGUUGCUAGUAGAAAAAUGUUGGCCUGGGUGCUGCCCCAGGAAGCUGAACAGAAAGUUGCACAUGGUGGGUGGAAGCUGAUGAGUGCCUAAGCGGCAGGGAACAAGGAGUCUCACAAGGAAGUAGAAGGGGCAUUAAGGUGAUGUCCAAACUGAGGCUCCACCAGAACACGAGGGAACAUGUAAGGAGUUGGCCUAUGGUGUUGGUUCCUCUGCCUUAAACUUGGGAUCUGAAGGAUGGAAGACCCUGAGGCUGUUAUCCCUUCAGUUCAUAGUGAAGCUAUAGAAGUCAAGGCCCAGCCCACUUUUGAGAGCUAACUAGAAACUCCUUGUCCUUCAAGGAGUUUUGGGAAUGACCCCACAAAACUCAAGUCUCACUAAGGGCCAGACCCCAGAUUCAAACCUGGGUUAUAAAAAUGGUGAGCUCUACUUCCAGUUUUGCUUUAAGUUACAAAUCCACUCCUUACUCCAAGUCACUACACUGGAGGAGAGAUGUACUGUCUUGUCCUGCCUGUUUCAUAUAAGCAUAGGAUGAAAAGAUGAAAAAUGCUGACACAGUUCCUAAAGCUAAACUCAAAAGCCUUAUGAGCUCCUGAUUUUCACUUAUUUUUCUUCACCUACCCAUCCUAUCCCUUUAGAUUCUGUACCUGUUUUAGUGACCCUGAUGCUACGUUGUCAUCACUUUCCAAACACCCAUUUAUUUAUUUAUUAGAGAGUGGAGGAAAAAGGGCAGAGGAUGGGAUGUUUUGAAAGCACUUUGCAAUUUAUCAGUAUCUGAAAAUCCCCUGCUGUUGUGGGGAAAUUUUGAAUGCACUGAAGAGAGUUCCUUCUAAAUGAAAUAGGAGGGAAAUGUUCUUUUCUGUAAAUAAAGAGAAAAACCAGUUUGCUUCCAGUGUAGAGACAAGAUUCAAGACAUAGCAGAAGAGUGGAAGGCAAAUAUUUUCCACUUAAAUGAGGCUAUUAUUGACUUUCUCUGCCAAAGCUUUAGCACUUCUGUUGAAUUAACAUAAAAGGAGCAAGAGCCUAAACAGAUAUGUUCCUUGUGUGUACGACUUGUGUUUUGAACUGGAUUCCACUUGCUGUAGUUCUUGCACAGCCUAACAGUUCGUUGUCAUCUUUAAUAAACUAAGGAAAUGAAA